AUGGCAUUUGAGGAAUAUGAGGUACUUCUUCAAGAAAUUUCACACUUUGAUUUGGGUCAAGGGCUCUGGUAUUUUGACACAUGGGUCACCUCACACAUGACGGGAGAGAGAUCAUUCUUCCAUGACUUGGAUGAGUCACAUAAGGGGAGAGUGAGAUUUGGUGAUGACUCUCAGAUCAACAUCGAAGGCAGAGGUGAUAUUUUUUUGAAUACAAGAAGUGAAGAUCUGAUUACUUUGUCUAAUGUCUUAUACACACCAAGUUUAAGAGCCAAUAUCUUAAGUCUCAGAAGAUUGGAUGAACAAGGCCGUGAUAUUCACCUACAUAGUGGAAUUCUGACAAUGCACGAUCUGAGAGGGAGAUUGUUGACUAAAGUUAGAAGAAAUUUGGGAAGACUGUACUUGUUAAAGCUUGAUAUUGUGAAAAAUUAUCUUCACAUCAGAGAUGACGCCUUGUGGUUGUAGCACAAAAAGUAUGGACAUUUGAACUUCGAUUCUUUAAACUUCUUUCUACACAUAAUAUGGUGAUAGGACUCCUGAAAAUUCAGAAGGAGGAUGAUUUCUGUGUUGAUUGUGCGAAGUCAAAGCAAAGUAGAAUACCGUUCUUAUCAGCCUUUUCAUUAGAGCUUCACGACCACUAGAAUUAAUUCAUAGUGAUUUAUGUGGUCCUAUUGAUCUUGAAACUUUAGGAGGAAGUAAAUACUUCUUGCUUUUAGUAGAUGGUCACACAAGACUAAUGUGGAUCUCUCUACUUAAGAAGAAGUCAAAGACUUAAUAUUUUUAGGAGUUUCAAAUUACUGGCUGAGGCUGAAAAGUCUGGGAAAAUUGAUUGUCUGAGAAUAGACUAA